GUGUCAAAAUUCUAUUUUGUCAAAUUGUGUGAUUUAUUCGGAUUCACAAAGUCCCGGUGCUUGAAAUUUGUGAUUUUUCUAAUUUAAUUUCGAUUUUAUAUUAAUUAACGAUGUCUGAACCGAGCUCCAAGGAUACAGUACUCAAAACAGCCAUGGUUUACGUUUGUGGCGAAUGUCACUGCGAAAACGAGAUGCGACCAAAAGAUGCAAUUCGGUGCCGUGAAUGUGGUUAUCGGAUCAUGUACAAAAAACGUACAAAGCGAUUGAUUGUGUUCGACGCCCGCUAAUCAAAACACAAAUGGAUGGAUUAAUGUAAUUUCUCUUACUAGACUUAAAAUGCAAUCGGAUCAAUAAAGUUUGAAAUUACAAAUUGAA